UCCUUAUAGAAAGGACCUUUCCAUGGGUAGCAACUGUUGCCCAAGUAGUGUUGGGUGUGACCACAGGUUGGAAAACUGUUCUCAUUAAAGAUUUUUUCCUCUCAGGACACCAUGAAACCCCACUGUCUGCAUCUACCAAGAUGCUGGAGAGAUUUCCCAACAAUCUGCCCAAACACCGGGAAAAUGUGAUUCCUGCUGAUCUGGAGAAAAAGAACUUUGAGGAAGUUAUCAACCUGGUUGACCAGACUUCGGAAAAUGCUCCAAUUACUCUAUCUCAGGAUAUGGAAGAAAAGUUGGCUCCUGCUCCUGCCAAGCCAGAGGCCCCCGUGGACUCCAUGCUCAAGGACAUGGCCACCAUCAUCCUGAGUACCUUCUUGCUGGUCGGCUGGGUGGCCUUCAUCAUCACCUACCCCCUGUGGUACUGCCACCUGUGCCAGUAUGGGCAGUUUGUCACCCGUGCAUGA